CUCCUGUGUCGUCUGGGUGGGGUAACGGGGAAGGAGGACAAUGUCGCGACCACGUGCCCGUGAUAUCGGCUUUUUGGACAUAAAGGUCCUUGUCUCCUCCAUCCACCUUAAAAGUACCCCACUCUGACACAGCCUUUCUUCUCUUCCCUUGCACUGCAAGCGGCAUUUCCGCUCUCGGGCAGCGUCUUCUUCUGCUGUAUAGAGCCGGAGCAGCGUACCCUUUCUCUCUCUUUCUGUUUCUCUUGCUGUACGAGUUCACAGAGAGAGAGAGAGAGAGAGAGAGAGAGAGUGUGUAGAUGGGCGUCGGAACGAGCACGUUCGUCAUCAGAUGGAUCAACUUCAUCACUAUGCUUUUGGCUGUUACUGUUAUAGGGUUUGGCGUGUGGAUGAGCACUCACGAUGACAAUUGCCGAAAGUCCCUCGCUCUUCCUGUUGUGGGUCUUGGGGCAUUUAUAUUCAUAAUAUCAAUAAUUGGCUUUCUCGGUGCAUUGAAGAAUAACUCAAUACUGUUGUGGGCUUACUUGAUCUUGUUAUGCCUGAUAUUGGUGGGAAUCCUUGUGUUCACCGUGCUAGCCUUCAUUGUGACAAACAAUGGUUCGGGGCACAGCGUAACCGGUUUAAAGUACAAAGAGUAUCAACUUCAGGAUUACAGUUCGUGGUUUCUAAAACAAUUAAACGAUGCACAUAACUGGGAGCGCUUGAAGAGUUGUCUUGUGAAAUCUGAGGACUGCGACAACUUAUCGAAGAAAUAUAAGACUCUCAGACAAUAUAAAUCAGCAAAAUUAACUCCAAUUGAAGCUGGUUGUUGCCGACCCCCAUCUGAGUGUGGUUACCCUGCCGUGAAUGCAUCAUACUACGACUUGAGCUACCACCCCGUCAGUUCCAACAAGGACUGCAAACUCUAUAAGAACUCCCGAGCGGUGAAGUGCUACAAUUGUGAUUCGUGCAAGGCUGGUGUUGCUCAGUAUAUGAAGAUCGAGUGGAGGGUGGUUGCAAUUUUUAACGUUAUCCUGUUCGUUGUCUUGUCUGUGAUAUAUUUCAUCGGAUGCUGCGCAAGGCAAAAUGUUGCCCAAUAUCGCUCAAAAGCUUGAGGAAAAACAGGCCCAUAAUCUGGAAGGAUUCACUAUAUCCAAAAGUCGAGUUCUCUUCAAACAAGACAUAUCUGAGAGCGAGCCAUUGUCUUCUUUUACGCUAGAUAAAAUAUGUCGGGUUUGUCUCUUCAUGGAGAUUUGUUUUGUGAACACAAACUGUGCCUUGUGAGCUUAGUAGUUUUAAGUAUGAAGUGUAGACAUUUACUGUUUCGAGUACUUCUUUAUUCAUAUGUUGUUGUCUUGUGGAAGAAAUGUUCAUUCGUCAAUGUAAGUAAACUUUAUCAUA